AUGGUAUUUGUAAGAGGAUUUAUCCUGACUUCCUUGGGUAAGUAAAAUUGAACUGAUUACUGAUAUUUGACUGUCUUUUCGGUGGAACAUUCCGCGCGUCUCUGCCAAGCAGGCCUCCGAAAGUCGGCUCAGUAAACUUCAAGAUUUUACAUUUACAGGGAAGGAUAAUCAGCCAAAAAACACUAUAAACUUCAGUUUGAGAAUGUGCAUUAGUUCCAUGGAUUUCUUACAAACAUCUGCCUGAAAAAUAUGAAAAACGCAAGUCAUGUAAUCAUUCAAACUUUGCGUAUUUUAAUGUUAUUAAGAAUACAUGAUGCAUGGAAGCUACCCAAAGCUAGGGACGCUGGCGAAAAGGUCUUAUUACGCACUAAGCUUAUCUAUCGCUUUUUUUCAAGUGCUGCUCACGCAUAGAUCGUGACAUCUAUUUUUCUAGCAUGUUGAUAUUCUAUUGUACACACUGCAAAAUUUUCCUUUGAACUUAACCACCGUGAAUAAACCGAUAGAAAUCUGUCCUCUUGUCUCGGACAUAAAUCAAGCUAUGUUUAAUGAUGACGCAAACUUGUCUGUGAGAGAUCAUGCCUGUAUGCAUGACUUCAGACUUGCGCUAAUCUUACCUUUGCUAUCAUUCGAUUGCGGUCAACUCCUUUAACAUUAAUGUCGAUUUAUGUGUUCCCUUGCCUGUUUCCUUGCCUGUCAACGUACGUAUAAAACAUGUAAGGUCCAUGUAACUAUGGCAGCUGUUUAUUUAUCCCGGGAGGAGGGGGACGCCGGACUCAACAAAGUUUUAUAUGGGAGCUACGCACGGUCAGCUAUACCCGUCGCAGGAUUACUCUAACAAAACUACGACUAUUCAUAAAGUGGUUAUAGAAACAGGGCACACUGUACAAUUCCAGGCUAUCUAAGAAACCUAAAAAAGGAUCUCUAUUAACUGAUCUAGUGGAACAUUUUUUUGCAAAAAAAUAAUAAUCAAGUUGCCAAAACCAAAUUACUCCGCCAACCAAUAGCAACAAGAUACCUGACUGAUCACAGUUUGAUGGUUAUUGUUGUAUUUUUUUUUUUUGCAGCUCUCCUUCUGAAAGAGGUUCCGGUCGUAGCAGGACGUGAGUAUAAUUUAUUAAUUUUACGUUCUUUUUGGUGCCACAACGUGCAAUUAAAAACAGAAUUCAAUUUGCGUACUGUGAAAUGUCUUGCAUCUAGACAUGUGUAUUUUAAGAAUUUACAAAAAUGGAGGGAACAAGAGGACUCACGGAUUAAAUUGAAUAAAUUAUAGUAAAUGCUAAAAUUUUUAUUCAAAUUUGUGUGAACAAAUGUCUAAAUAUCAUGGUAGCCUUUAUACAGGUAUUUGUUGUUUCAAUUGGGGCAUUUAUGUACAUAUGCACCUCUUGAUUGACGUAUCUCUUAUUUGGUAAACAGAGUGUGGAAUUUCUGUUGAUGAUAGAUAUUUGGAGUAUGGCGGUACUGGUUCGAUCAAGAUUCCUAACAGCCCUUACACCGACUAUGGAAACAACUUGAAUUGCAAGUGGCGUUUACGGGCACCUAUAAAUCAGAGAGUCCUCAUUUACUUCACGUCCUUCGAUCUGGAGAACUGUUGCUCUUGUGACUAUGUGAAAAUACACGAUGGUUCUGAAUCCUACUCAAAUGUUUCGAAAUUAGCCUGUGGCAGACACCUUCCUGAGCCGGUUUAUUCAUCAGGCAGAUACCUUUACAUAACCUUCCGAUCAGAUUAUUCCGACGGGGGCAAGGGGUUUGUAGCCAAGUACAGGGCACUGAGCAAUUCUUCAGGUAAGUGCGGAUAUAACAGUAUACAGAAAGGAUACUGCUUUCACAGCAACUAGAAGCAACUUAGGUCCGGUUUGGAAGCUGUAGAAAAAGAGUUAGCAGAGUAAACGAAGCAAAAACCUUGUGGUUCCCAAAUUCGAGCGGAGACGACUGACGGGAACUUGUGUCAAAGCGCCGAAUGAAAUAUUCACGAGGCAGUUCUGGAAAAGAGUGAGCUGCAGGUCUCCCCCGCAGACGUUCUCAAGGGUUUGUCACGCGUUAGUGGGGCAGGAACGCGCCCGGCAAGCCUCUAAGAACGUCGGCGUUGGAGGCUAAGAGUGAGCAGAACAACAAUUUUGAUGACAGUAUUAAGUGAGGUUUAUUCAGAAUAAAUGCCCCAAUUAAAUGGCUUUCAUUUGACGAAAAAAGUGUUCGGCUGGUCCAUUCCCGGCCAAACAAAGAUUUUGUACAAACGUUUUGAACUGAAAAAACUAUACGCACUUUCCGUUUGACUAAGUGCACAAGAGAAUGGCAUUUUUGAAAUAAGUCUGAUAAGUGAACAAUAGCAAAAGGUAUAGGAUUUUCUACUCUCCGAUAUUCUGAUAACAGCUCUUGCAAACUGAAGCUGCGUACGUCGCUGCGCCGAGAUUUGGUUGGUCUCUUCGCUGACUCGAAAAUCUUCUCUGGGGAGCUUUUUAUUUUAUUAAUAACCACCUUGAGCAAGGUAAGCUGUUUAUACUGGUAUAAAUGGCUCCAUUUCUGGAAGGAAUAGCCAUUUUUUAUCGCAUUCUAGUUCUAAACAGUGGAAAAAGAGUGAAUUCCAAAUUGUCAUAUAAGGCUGUGGCGUGCCUCUAAACCGUUUUCUUAAUUUAUGUAAGUUUAAGGGCCUGUUUACAAGCAGAGAGGGUUACCCUUGUGCUAGGGUUACUCUAGCAAGAGGGUUAAAGUUAGCUCUGGUUUACAAGCAAAUUUCACAGGUAGGGUUACCCUAUCACCUGGGUCAACUUUACCAGCUUUGUUGACGUGUUUCGUCAUGCGUGACAGUCUUUGUAACGGUCCAAGAUUUGACAUAAUCUCGAAGUUCUCUAAGGAGAACUCGUUAAAUUCAAGCGCUAGGGUAACCCUACCAACCUUGUAAACACGUCGUGUGAAAAAAAGAAGAACUAUGCGAGUGCUAGGGUAACCCUAGCACCAGGGUUACCCUCCCUCUUUGUAAACAGGGCCUAGAGCGGCAGAGCGAAACAAAAAGUUGGGGCUGAAAUUAUGAUCGGACAUCCCAAUAAAUCCAUUUGUACCGGCGUUUGACUUUUUUUGAAUUAACUAAUGUAAUGUGACAAUUUGUAGAAUAAAAUGGUCCGAGAUAUCUUAACGCUUUUCAAUACUUAAGUUAAAAGGCAUCAAAACUGUCAUUUUUGGGAAAUGAAUUACAAACAAACCAUUGAUAUAAAUGUGUUUGUCCAGGUUGUCCAUCGAUUGAUACUUCAGCUUCCGUUGGCGUUAUUUACAGUUCUCACUUCCCUUGGAAAUAUCCAGAAUACAGGACUUGUACGUGGAACUUCACAAUGCCGUCAUGGGACAAGAUAACAUUUAAUUUCACCCAUUUCGACUUAGAAGGGUAUUCUUCAGUAUCCAGUAGUAGAUGUUGGGGCGAUUACGUUGUAGUGCGUAGUUCCUAUGUCAUUAAGCGCUGCGGUACUCGAAGCCCUUUCAUCAUCACUAGAUACGGAUCCGUUAGUGUGACGUUCUACUCUGACAGCUCCACUACUCGUUCAGGAUUUCUGGCAUUUUACCAAAAGGAAACACGUCCUCUGACAACAACGUAUCCAUAUUAUCCGUUGGCUCCGACUACUUAUCCGUCCUCUGGUUACCACUCCACAGUCUACACCUGCAAUUCAUAUCGCACAACACGUAAGUAAACCUUUUACCUCAAUGUGUUCUAUAAGAUUUCUUGGAGACUUUGAACGUCUUGAUAGGAGCUUUAAACUAUUGCUAAAUUAAACUGUCUGACACGAUGAGUAAGAAAACUGAAACCACUUCCAGUUUAUGAGCUGUUGAAGUUAAUCGCAUCCAGAAAGGAUUAUUUGAAUUCUUGAAGAUAUUUAAGGUCUGCCUCAGAGUCUCGAUUGAUUGAGAUACUUAUGGAGAGGCAAGGAUACUGUAACGUUUGUGUAAAAUGAAACAUUUUUUUUGCCCAAAAGUUUUAAUAGCGUACUUCCCGGAGAAAAAUAACAAGAGCUGAGAAAGUAAAAAGUGACGGUUUCAGACUUUCAUUUAAAUUUAACCCUAGCAUUGAUCACUUAAACCUAACACACUGAUAACAGACUUUUGUUGAUUUUUUUUUUCUGUUCAAGGAAUCUAUGUCGGAAAAUCCAGCGGAUCGAUAACUAUUCAAAGUCCAAACUACAACUACUACUACCCUUCGUCAUCAAGGAGAUCAUGCUCUUAUGAAAUUGAUACAGCUGAGGGUUACGUCCUUCGUUUGACCUUUGUCCGUAUGUCAAUCUCAAGCUGCUCUGGAUGCUCUUGUGGAAACGUACAGGUGUAUGAAGAUUCAAAUGGUAAAUAUUCAUCGGGUUCCUCCCUUCUUGGAAAGUUCUGCAAUGGUCAUUACCCAGCGACAGUGACUACUCGCUCAAACAAAAUGUCAGUGUACUUUUAUAGCUAUUCCCGCUACGACAAUUUUCAGGCGACAGUCAUUUCAGAAAAAGGUAAUUCUAGUUUAUUUUGUUUUUAUUUUUUAUAUUUUGAAAACUGCGUGGGAUAACUCUCCCUUAAAUUAUCUCACUGUUAACUAGACCAUUCAUAUUAAUCAUAGCUGGAAGUGUACCAUUAUAGAGACAUGUUCUUUUUUCAAACAGAUGCUAAAAUCCCAUUUCUAAGACUACAAAUGAAUGAUGAGUUUUUUUCACGUAGUUCCCGGGUGUCAUCAGUGACGGCAAACCCAAGCCGUUCACAGGGUACCGUAAACUGCCGCUUAUAAGUCCCCCCUCCCUCCCCUCCCCUCCCCUCCCCACCCUUCUACACUGAGUGGAUCCUUGAUAUAACGAACCACUAGACUACGAAGUUGUCAGUAUAACGAACGAUAUUCGUUUCCUCAGGAGUAGUGAAAUAUGAGGAAAAGAACCUCGACAUAACGAAACUAACGAAACCUCGUAAUAGCGAACAUAUUUUGCCAGUUCCCACUUGGUUCUUUGUUAUAUAGGAGUCUCACUGUACCUGUAAGUUACAUCCAAUUGAAUUUGAUUCAUUAUAAUGUUUUGAAGCGUGAAUUCGAUCAGCACUGCGAUGGCUUGUUUCAGAGGACUUUUUUCUUUUCUUGUUAUAAGCCCCCUCCGAUAUAGCCCCUAUGUUUAUAAGCCCUUCUAAAACCCCUUAAGAAGAUGUAUAAGCCCAGGGUAAAUAAAGAGUUUAUAUGAUGAAACUUACCAUCUAAAAGAAUAAGUGAUAUUUCUCGUGUUUCUACAUUUCAGAGAAAAGUAACGCUGCUGCCAUUGCAGUGCCUAUUGUCAUAGCAGUUGUUCUAUUUGCCAUCAUAUUCAUUGUUAUUAAAUGUACCAAGGUAAAGCGUUCUGCUACACCAACUGGAUCGAGGUCUACCACAACCACAAAUGUAGUUUCACUACAAACCUUCAAUGCACCGAUUCCAACUCCACAAUUACCACCGCAGAAUACAGAGGAAAUCCCGCCUUCCUAUCAAGAAGCAAAUGAUCACACACAAGGUGUGACAAACAUACCCGCCAUGCCACGUGACACAGGUGACACAGGACACCUGUAA